UAAUGUUUUUCACCUUCUUCUCUAUUUUCUCCUUCUAUUCCUCGUUUUUAUUACCUUGUUUCGAUCCCUUACUUACUUCAAUCUCUUCAACCUUCAUCUAACCUUCUUUCUCCUCAUAGUGAUGGGUUUCACAGGCCCAUAAAUUAGAUUACCUGUGAGGGAACAUCUGCAACUAUUCAGAUUCAUUACAGUUGGUUUGAUUCUGAGACUAAAAUACUCUUGUUAUCCAAUUGUAUAUCCAGUCGCUAUUGCAAUUGAUAAGCUGAUUACAAGGUGUUCUGAAUCCGGGGCAUUGUUCUGAGUAGAUAAGCUUAUUACGUACGCUGAGUAGAUAAGCUUAUUACGUACGCGUUUACAAGAUGCCAUAUUAUAUACAGAGAUUGUAUAGGCUAUGCAAGACGUCUUUUUCACCCAAUGGACCCGUGUCAGAAGAUGCCAUUUCAAAAGUUUGCGAGAAGUUAGAAAAAAUGAAGCCAUCCGAUGUAGGUCUCGAGCAAGAGGCACAAGUAGUUCGCAAUUGGAACGGUCAAAUGCCCGAGACUAAUGGGAACCAUCAACCACCGCCGAUCAAAUACUUACAUUUGCAUGAAUGUGACAGCUUCUCUAUUGGAAUUUUUUGCAUGCCCCCUUCAUCUGUCAUUCCUCUCCACAAUCAUCCUGGAAUGACGGUCCUAAGCAAGCUCAUAUAUGGUACAGUGCAUGUUAAAUCCUAUGACUGGAUCGAUUUCCCUGGCCCAAAUGAUCCAACUGAAGCUAGAGCUGCAAAGCUUGUGAAAGACAAAGACAUGACAGCACCAACUUCAACAACAGUUCUUUAUCCCACCGUUGGAGGAAACAUUCAUUGUUUUAAGGCCAUUACUCCUUGCGCAAUCUUUGACAUAUUAUCUCCACCUUAUUCUCCAGAACACGAAAGACACUGCUCUUACUUCCAACAAUCCCAAAGGAAUGAUCUUCCAGGUAAUCUUGAGGUUGACGGAGUUACGUUUUCUGAUGUGACAUGGCUGGAAGAGUUUCAACCUUCCGAGGAGUUUGCGAUAAGAAGAGGACUGUACAAGGGUCCAGUUAUUAGAACAUAUUAACAAGUUUCUAGUUUUUCUUUAUAUUUACUACAUUUGAGAAGAAGUCAUGAAAAUUAUGGAAGUGAUGAAAAAAGGCAAUGCAAUAAUUUUAUUAUUUUUUUUGGGUCAUGUUAGUUAUUAUUUUUAAUAUUAUUAGCAGAAUUUGGGUUGUACAUAACAAUGCCUAUUGCAGUUUGAUUAAUCCAUUUAGAGUAGUUUCGGGAUUUUCUUAAAUA